CAGAAAUAUAAGCACGUCACGCAACAGAACGAGAAACGAGAAGUACCUCAGAAGACAGAAACCAAAGAGACAAGAUCAGAUAAUCAUCUCCUAGUUCGGGUAUCACAGGACAAGUACACCUCCACCAGGCAAGAAAAGAAAAGAAAAGAAAAGAAAAGAAACGAAACGAAACGAAACGAAACGAAACGAAACGAAACGAAACGAAACGAAACGAAACGAAGCGAAACAAAGCAAAAAAUUGACUGCGGAAAUGGCCUGUGCUUCGCCUGUACUCCCCUCCCUGGACCCCUCCAAGAAAGACCACCAGCACCUGCAUUGCUCCAUCUGCCUGGACCUCUACACAGACCCAGUGACGACGGUGUGUGGCCACACCUUCUGUCUCAGCUGCUUGGACCGCAACCGGCUUCACAACGACAUCACGUGCCCGCUGUGUAAGAGCUUCCUGAGCGGCAGCGGGCAGAUGAAGGUCACCGUGGUGCUGAAGGCUCUGGUGGCGGAGGAAGUGGAGGCGCUGCGGAGUGUGCAGGCCAAUGCCUAUUGCGAGUCACCGGGCGAGGUGCCGUGCGACCUGUGCCCGGCGAGCAGGAGGCUGCGGGCGGUCAAGUCCUGCCUGGUGUGCCUGAGCUCGUACUGCGGCGCGCACCUGAGGCCGCACGCGGACCGGCCGAGGCUCAAGGGGCACAAGCUGGUGGCGCCGCUGUCCGAUCUGGACCAGAGGGCCUGCUUGACUCACGGGCGGGCGCUGGAGCUGUACCGGACCAAGGGCAAGGGCAAGGACAGGGCCUGCCUCUGCGCUAUGUGUGUGGAGGAGGGAGAUGUGGUCAUCCCAAUGGAAACGGCCCGGGACAGGAAGAAGUCUGAGUGGGGGAAAAUCAAGAGCGACAUUAAAGAGAAAAUCCAGGAGAGGGGAAAUAAACUGAAAGAGUUUCAGAACUUGGCUCUGGACUGUAAGACUCAGAUAGAGGCAGAGAUGAAGGAGCUGAAGGGGGUGUUUGUGGAGGUCAUGAAGGCCGUGAGGAGGGCUGAGGAGGAGGCGCUCGGGCCUCUAGAGGAGAGGAGGAGGAGGGUGGACGAGGAAGAGCAGGAGCUGCGGCGGGAGCUGGAGGAGGAGAUCGGGAAACUUGAUGACAUCGUGACGGGGCUGAGAAAGUUGGAGGACGAAGAGGAUCACAUUCAGUUUAUUCAGAGCUGUCCUUCAGACCCUGUCCCGAAAGGAAUCAGGGACUGGACAGAUGUUACUAUGGAUACAGACCUCAGUUUGGGUAGUUUGAGGAAUAUCCAGGUGACCAUGACGGCAGAGAUAGAGGCUGAGCUUGAGAAGCUAACAACUCUGGAGAUGAGCAGAAUCCAGAAGUUUCUUGUUGACAUAACCCUGGACCCAGACACAGCCCACCCCCAACUGAUCGUGUCCGAGGAUGGGAGGGAGGUGACCUACGGGGACGAGAGGCUGGAUGUCCCUGACGGUCCCCAGAGGUUCGACACGUUCGGCAGCGUCCUGGCACAUAAUGCACUGAGCUCCAGCGGCCCCAUCUACUGGGAGGUGGAGGUGGGGGACAAGACCGGCUGGGACAUUGGAGUGGCGAGCGAGGAGGCCAAUCGUAAGGGGGCGAUCUCUUUCAAGCCCAGUGAGGGUUACUGGGCCCUCGUGCUGUACGGGGAGGGCCAGUACGCAGCUCUGGACGAUCCCAGGGUCAGCCUCCCCCUACAGACGAAGCCACGGAAGGUGGGGGUGUUUGUCGAUCGCGACGAGGGCUUGGUGUCAUUCUAUGAUGCAGAGGUCAAAGGUCACAUCUACUCGUUCACUGGCUGUUCUUUCCCCAAGGGCAUGAAGCUCUUCCCCUACUUCAGCCCCCAUCUUUCCAACGGACAGAAGAACUCAGAGCCGUUGGUCAUAUCCCCUGUCAAACAGUGACCACUAGGUUCUAUAGGAUAAUUUGUGUCAAACUCCCUAAAGUCUGAUGAGAUAAUAUUUUAGUAUAUGCUUUUAUAUGAGGGAGUGUGUAUGUGUAGCACAGCUAUACAUGCGUGUCUCACAAAAAUAAUCAAUGACAACUGUUUAUUUAUAUUUCUUGUAAUUUUUUAAAAAGUCAACACUGUUAUGAAGCUUUAUCUUCCCCCUCUCUUGUUGUCACUGUAAGAAAUCAAGCGCUUAAGGUGUUUUUUGUCUUUGUGCAAAGCAGACAGGUUGUUUCUUCAUUGUUGAAUGAUAAGGAAUGAGUUGCAUUCACAUUUUCUACCACAACUACCACGUAUUUGCAAGAGAUAGCUGUGUUGGUUCCCUUGUGAGAUCUUUUGAAUAUUUUGUUUAGCUGACUCAUAGCAGUGCUAACCGAUGCAAUUGGCUUUGUUCAGAUGCUGCUAUUCAGAAACAAAUGGAUGAGACAAAACACACAAUUGGUAUGCGGGCCGAAUCUCAAAUUUAAACCACCCAAGAAACAGUCUUGUGGGCCGGAUUUGGCAUGCAGGUUGGGAGUUUAAGACCACUAGCCUGAACCAUCUUAACACUAACUUACAAAAAGCCGCACAGGGUAGGUUAGAAAAAAUAAAACAAUAAAACAAAAUUAGAUGCAUUUGUAAUGCAACAUGACACACACACACACACACACACACACACACAAACUGUAGACUAACAUCAUAUUCCCAUUAGUACCUUUAAAGUCAGAUAUACUUAGAAAUGAUGUGACCUCUUUUCUGUGUCAUGCAUGCCACACCUGAGUAGGUCUGCCAGUGCCAAAUUAUUUAUUUGUACACAAGCAAUGGGUUCUUUGUAAAGAGCUUUUAUAGCAUUGUAGAAUUUUCCAUUGAUACCAAAUGAAAGUCAUUUAAACAACAAAAGGUCUCGGUUAACACAAUCAAACGCCUUUUUGAAGUCAACAAAGCAGGUAAAAGUACUUUUACCCUUGUCCAGACGAGCUCUUACCACAGAGGAUAACACAUAAAUAUGAACAAUACAGGCCCUGUUUUUCCUAAAACCAUUCUAUUCAUCUACCAACCCUCCAUAAACCUCCAAAAACGUAUUAAGUCUGUUGUUAAGGACACCUGAGUAGAUUUUAUAGACUGUCAUUAUAGGGUCAUCUUUUAUAGAUUUUGGGAUGGGUUUGAUAAUUGAUCACUUUAAUCUUUUUCCCACUUUUUUAAUAUUUGACCAAAGGUGUGAAAGCUUUAAAGACAAAAACGCCCAGCGUUGUCGUGUAAACGUAGCCUUAAGGCUCAUUUACAUGACAACGCUGGUCGUUUUUGUCUUCACCGCUUUCACACCUUUAACGAAACCGGUCAAAAAAACAUUUGCGUUUACACACAGAGGUGAAAACGCCAAGUUGCCCAGAAGAAGCACGCCAGUGGGUGUUCCCGACAGUAGCUAUGCAAAUGCCUUUCCUCGUCAAUGAGCGCUCUCAAAAUCUAAACAGAAAUGUAAGAUAAUGUCAAGCACACUCUAUAUCGUGAAUGUUUGCACAACCAUUGAGAGCUAAUGCACAGUAUUGCUUUUCAGUUUCUGUCUUGUAAUGUUAUUGUAUAUGGCCCCCUAGAAUAAUAUCGAAUGUCUAUCAGAACUGCCCGCCGCCAAACACCUGAAGUUGGCAACCCUUUAUUUCGCAUGCACGGUUAAUAUAGGCGACGGACAUUCGCCUACAUUAUUUACUGAAAUGUAAAGGAGGCCAUGCGUGCCAGUAGCUAUUGUGGUAUCAGACACUCCAAAUGAUUUAGGGUAGGCUAUUUUAUUUAUUUGGGCUACGCAAAGCACAGGGCAGCCUGUGUGGCAGUGUAUUUCGAGGUAUUUGUGAGACGUUUCGUUGGAAUGGCUAUCAAAAUAUUUUCGGUAUGGUUUGGGAUUUAAUUUAGCCUACUUUUAGACUGUCUGAUUAUAUCGCUAAAUGUUGGGACUGAUGAACACUGAAAUCUGGGGGAUAUUCGAUGGUUUACUAUUAAGUUUCAUGUCGUUGAAAGUGUCGGGAUUUCCACCAGCUGUUUGUGAGAGAAUUCGUUGAGCAUGCUCUGUCUGUGCUAAAUUAAAUUGAGUUAUUUGCAUCGCAGCCACAAGUAGGCUAGGCUAGUUGCUGUGUGCGUACUCCUGCUCAAACAAAAUGUGUGCGCGUAGGCUAGUUCUGCAUUAAGUUGAUUAUAGGCUACGUGUUCAUUAACUCUUCUAGCAGGGGGAGGUGGUGGAUUUAAAAGUAGCCUAGACUAUUUUGGCGCAGGUUAUUGUUUAUGCAUUGUCCUUGGUCGUCGAAAUCAUGCAGAAUUGCAACGUUUUGUUCCAGCAUUGUCAACAAGUGCAGCAGAUCUGUGAUCCAGCAUUGUUGUUGUUCUGCCAAGGGUCUAGUCAGGUGAGGUCAAGCGCGGGGACUGGACUAGAAGUUCGAGGUGGGGUUAUAAAAACCCCAGAUGUGCCUUUACACGGCAAAACGAAAACGGGGUUUUCAAAAACCUCCACCUUGGAAGCAGUUUUCGAAAAACCAUAGUUUUCAGCCUCCAAAAUGGUGUCGUCGUGUAAACGCAAGGCCUAAUUGAUGAAAAAAAACACAGUUUUAAAGAAAAAAGUCGUCGUGUAAACAGGGCCUUAUUCACUUUUAAACGUGAGGCUAGCAGGCGAGAUGCUAAUGGUCUAAACAGAUGAUCUAUGCUAGCCCGAGCUAAAAGUUGUAUCACCAGAAUCACAGAAUGGCUGGAUGAACGGGAAAAAGGUAAAUAUCGUAUAAAAAAGGUAAAUGUAUUGUUUUGUUCGAGGGGAGGUGGAGAAUUAGCUUAAUUCCCCAAAAGGUGGAAUAUCCCUUUAAUUCAAUAAAACGAUAGAACACCAGAGUGAACCGUCAUAAGGGAGACAAGGGACAUACAGGUAUAUUGAGCUAUCUUGAGUAAAACAGCUGCAUGCAUCCCUUACUGAGAGGGAAGACAGCAGGCCAUAUAGGAGGUGGGGGUAUCCAGCCAGACUGACAUUAAAUGUUUUCACAUAACCAUAGUAACCUCUGUACUGGGAGUACAAAAAUCUGUUUCUUAUAAUGUUCUGUAAAUUAUAGCCUACUUCAAUAAUAAAUAAAACAAACUAGAAAAGCACUCAGAGAGCGCAAGCGCAAACCUCCGCAAAGCGAAAAUAUAUCCGCCUUCUGGAUCCUGAUGGUGAUCCGGAUCACUCCCAGUGGUUUCUUCCUUGGGUCAAUUCAGACCUUCCUUGAAAAUUGACUUGAAAUCCUUCCAGAACUUUUUGAGUUCUCUAGUGAUCUUGCGAACAAACAAACAAACAAACAAACAAACAAACAAACAGAUAGACAGACAGACAAAUAAACCUCGAUGAAGACAUAAUAAUAAUAAAAGUAAUAAAAUAAUAAAAGCCUUUAUUGUUUGUAAGCCUUUAAAAUCUAUAUGAUGGGAUAGGUGCAUGGCUUACUAUUAAAUUAAAUUUAGGUUAUACUGUAUAUGGAUUAUGGAUUAUGAUUACUCAGACCCAAUACACUUUUUUUCCAUGAUGGAUCAUACUGCAUCCUGUGGUUUAAGUAUUUUUAUGCACUGAAGAAAAUUAGCACUUUUUCAUGAUUGUACUUCUGGUUAGAUAUUAAACUGCAUUUUGUUGUACUGGUUGUUGUUCCUUUUGCAACAACAAUAAAGUUGAAUCUAAUCUAAUCUAAUCUAAUCUAACAAACAUAAGGAUUGUGUAAUGAUGAAAUGUCUGACCUGCAAUACAGAAUUCGCAAGAAAGUGCAGAUAUUGCUGAUAUAAUUCCAGGGAAGGUAUUACUCUGGGAUGGAGUAACAUCAGAUGAUGACACAUUUUGUAUAUAUAUCGUGACAUUACUGACUACUUUGGACAUCCUGAGCUGUCUGUCUCAACAAGAGCACUUCGACACCAUUGCAACCAAACACUGAAACGUUGAACGUAAGUAACUGAACAUUUCAGAGGUCUAGGCUAAAGAUGAAGUUAAAUUUUUCCAAUGUAUACUUUAUGGGUCAUUCCACCUCAAUUCAAUGGAUUUUAGAGAAACUUUCUGCUUGACCAUCUCAGAUUUGCUUCAAACUUUUACCAUCUAAAGAGUAACCAUUUAAACUAACUUUGCCAAAAUAUUACCUUGGAAUACCUAAUACAUCCAGAGAAAAACAAUUUUGAACAUGGUACCCUCCGUCUGAUUAUUCACAUUUGCACCCUCAUCUAAAUCUGCAGCAAAGUUCAGAUGUCAUUAUCUCAAAAAGUUAAAGCUAAAGCUAAAGCUAAAGACUUCAAAUUUUCUAUGAAUAAUGAUUGCUACCUAUAGAUUCUACUUGUACAUUUGUAAGCUGUAUGUGUUGAUACUGACUGUGUUUCAAUCUUGUGAAAUCAGAAGAAAAAAUGCAGAUUAUUUUCAAACCCCUACAUUGGAUGCCCCAUUACACAAGUUUUGAAAAAGUAAUUAGGAGGUGUCUAUAUUGCAUUUUUGUUGGAAAUAUAGAAACACAAAACUGAAAAUGAAUCAAUUUGGAUGAUAUUUGAUCUGCCCAUUACAGGGGUAUGACAGGCUAUACCAAUGAAUUGAACGGAUCUCCAGAAAGAGUAUGGAAUGGGGUUUUAGACUGUGAAAUUUCAUGAUGGUAUUAUGGCUAUGGUUAUUGAAGUUAGUUUAAAUGGUUACUCUUUAGGUGGUACAGAAAGCCGUAUAUAAAGGAAGUGAACUUUUGCGGUUUCAAGGUAAACUUAAUUUGCUUACAGAGCACAAUACAUCUUAGCUAGACAAACAAAAAGGAGUAAUUGACAGAAAGGUAGGCCACUUGGUGUUUUGGAUAGUAUGUGGUGUAAACAUUCUGCUUAUUAUCACUUAAAGAUUCUUAGUUCUUACAGAUGUACGAUAAAUGUAUGUUGAUAGAGACUAAAAACGAUGUAAGUGCAUGAUGUAUCUGAUCUUACAAAUUGUUACUUUUUAUAUGCACAAUAAAUACAACAAAUUCCUAU